ACGUUGUUAGGAGCCUGUUAGCAGAAAGCGUGCAAAGCAGCAGCAGCUCCAUUUAUUACUUAAGUGCUGCUCCCACUGCUUCCAAGUGAUCUCCCCCUUGUAUCUCACAGACGCCACACAGCUAGAGCGCCUGUAUAGUUCAGCUGCACCUUCCUGUACCCAGUUAUCUGUUCCCCGGAUACCUUCUACCGGCACCAGGCGGGGAAGUAUCGCGUGAAAAAGCUACUUCCCAUGAUUCUUUGCUCUCCCGACUCUGAGGACAAGCCAAGACUGGUCUCUCCUACAAUUUUAAAGCAGGGGAUUUAGCCAGUGUUAGUGUAAAUGGGCUGAGAGCUCUGCGCCAGUUCCAAGCCCACCCCAGCACAUUCGCCAGAAAUACCGCAACUACCUUGAGUGUGGACACAAAGUGACAAUCGCAUAACCUCACAUACCAAGAUUGAAUUUGUGAGUCAGCGCUUAAAGGGACCCAACCAACUGCAUGGUCUUGAGUUUCAACCAGCUCAAGCUUAUGCCCUUGUUGUAUUCAGAUGGUAUCUCAGUCUUUACCUGAUGCAGAGACCUAGUCUGACGACAGCUGCCAGUGUGUCCAGAAAAGAGACACUUUUUUUUUCUAGAAGCACCUUAGAAGAUAUUUAGAAGGAGUCUCUGACUUUUCCCCUAGACAUGCCUUUGAUCGUAGGCAGCCAGAGGCUGGAUGUCACCCUGUCUGCUCUACAGAUCAUGCAAUUGCACCCUCACCUUCAGGAGGGAGCCACCGCUUUAACGAGCCAACCAACACAGACUUUUGGACCCAAAGGUGUUUUAUACGUGCAGCAAAGGGAACUUGCAGCAAUUACUCCCAAUGAUAAAUUCAUCUCCAUUCUGGGGUCAGACGAUGCCACCACUUGCCACAUUUUAGUGCUCAGGCACACAGGAAGUGGAGCGACCUGCCUUGCACACUGUGAUGGAUCUGACACACAGAAUGAGGUUGCAGCUGUUCUACGUGCAGUCAAAUCCUUAACAAACAACACUGACGAGGGAAGACUAGAACUGCACAUUGUUGGAGGUUUCAGUGACAGCAAACAGUAUUCACAGAAGCUUUCAAGCGAACUUCUUAAGCUUAAUGAUAAGGAAGAGCAUGGCAUCCACUAUCCAAUAAUUUAUGGUAUUGCCGUAAAUGUGAAAACGGCACAGAUAUUCAAGGCAACGUUCCAAGAUCGUGGACCAGAUGAAGAUCUGAGAUCAGCUUACAUUCUUACAGGAGGAAUGAUGGUGAGCAUCUAUGAUUCCAAAACUGAACAAUUGAGUUUUGGGCCUUAUUCCUGGACACCUUUCCCAAACAUUGAUUUCUGGUUGGAGCAAGAAGAUGAGCUAAUCCUAGAGUACUUUUCCACCUCCCCACAAGCUGAGCCACCCCACUUCGUCUCUCACUUUAGAACAACGCUUGGGUUUUUGAAAGCCAAUCCACGCCCACUAAGAUCCCUCUUUCCUGACAACAAACCACAUGUUUAUACAAUGGAUGGCGAUGGAUUAUGGAAAAGAGUAUUUUCAGUGAAAAUGUAAGUGCAGACAUUGGACAUAGUGCUGCUUAUUUCUUAUGUGCCAAGACUUUCCAAGUUCCUCCCCCCCCCCCCAUAAAGGGAAGGGUCCACCACUUUUAUUUUCCAUGUCUGUAAAUACCAGCCUUGCCUAAACCAUUUAACUUAAUGUAAACAUGGCCAAUGGUGCUUCAUGUCUAUGCAAUGCUUUGACGAGGCAAAUAGGUGAAAAUGGAACUGUUUUCUAUGCAUAUCUUUUUGUGUCAGAUUCAUCCUUGCAAUAUUUAUAAUCUGUGUUUUUUGGGAAUUUUACUGUUAAUAACAAAAGGUCUGAUUUCAUUUUGUCAUUUGUAUUUGUUUAUUUGUAUUUAUUUUUAACCGGGUUUUGCCACCGCAUUGUGUCUCAAUUGCUGUUUCUUCCUCAGGCCCCAACUGUUUUUUUUGGUUAAGAUUUUAUUUUACUGAAUUAUUGAGGUGUUAUAACAGAAUUCAACUAGUAUCACAAGCUUAUAGCUGUACCUUCUACUCCCUUACCUGGAAACCCAUUAUCUAGAAAAUUCCCAUAGAGUCUAUUUUAAGGAAAUAAUUAAAAUUUAAAAAAAUGAUACCAAAUAACAGAUUCCUUAACUGUACACAAUUAUAUAAGAUCUAUAAACAAAAGGCACCAAUGUACAAGUAAUUGAUGAAUGAGGGUUUUUUUUUUUUUUAAAUUCCCAGGGGUGCAAUGGGAAUGGGUAACUGUACCGAAAAUGUAGCUUUCUUGAUCCAGAUCAGCCACAUGUUUAUUAUAGAUAUGCAGUCUUUUUAUUAAUUUAUUUUUUGUCCAGUAUGGUUUUUCCAGUAGUGGCAAGGUUAUCUAUGGCUUUGGUCAAUGCUCAAAACUUGGGGAGUUGGGGGUCCUUCUAGUGGAAGGUAAUUAACUUCAAACAUACCCUCUGGUUAAAUGUAACUGCCCCCUGUUUAAUGACUGUGACUUCAUUUAAGUCUUCUGCUACCAGCAUCUGCAAAUGGGAAUACAGUGCAAGAAAGUGUCAUCAUAGCCAGGACUUUUGGGUCAAAAGAACGAGGAAUAUAGAUGAUAACCAGGAAGACGUCAUGAGUAUAGUAAAUAUGAGCCGUGUAAAAUAAAAUUGAAAAAAAAAUUACUUUUUAUGGUUGGAUUUUAGUGCACAAAACCAACUUUCCAGAAUUGACUUCCAUUAAUGGUAU